UGUCUUCCUCCCAGCAUGGCGCUCAAGUCCGUUAGCUAGGCCGGAAGUGGAGACCCGAGCACCCCGCUGGCGGAGCCGGAAGUGCGCUAGCGAGGCGCAUACUGGCCGGAAGCCGAGCCCCGGACACGCCCACCUGCCGGUGGCGUCGCAGGUGUACCUCAGACAGCUUUGCUCUUUGACGGCGUCGCCGAGGAGGCGGACGGACCACCGUGGGGUCCAGGCGGAGGCCGAGGGCCGAGUCGGCAUGGCGGAGGGCGGGAGCCCCGAAGGGCGGGCCGGCCCGAGGGCCGCAGGUCCUAAUCUGAAGGAGUGGCUGAGAGAACAGUUCUGUGACCAUCCACUAGAGCACUGUGAAGAUACAAGGCUCCAUGAUGCAGCCUAUGUAGGGGACCUCCAGACCCUCAGGAAUCUACUGCAAGAGGAGAGCUACCGGAGCCGCAUCAAUGAAAAGUCUGUCUGGUGCUGUGGCUGGCUCCCCUGUACACCACUGAGAAUCGCAGCCACUGCAGGCCAUGGGAACUGUGUGGACUUCCUCAUACGCAAAGGAGCCGAGGUGGACCUAGUGGAUGUCAAGGGGCAGACUGCCCUGUAUGUGGCUGUAGUGAAUGGGCACCUGGAGAGCACUGAGAUCCUUUUAGAAGCUGGUGCUGACCCCAACGGCAGCCGGCACCACCGCAGCACUCCUGUCUACCAUGCCUCUCGCGUAGGUAGGGAUGACAUCCUGAAGGCUCUUAUCAGGUAUGGGGCGGAUGUUGAUGUCAACCCUCACCUGUCUCCUGACACCCAGACCCUUUUCACAAGGCGGCUUACCUCCUUGGUGGUCUGUCCUCUAUACAUCAGUGCUGCCUACCAUAACCUUCAGUGUUUCAGGCUCCUUCUGAAGGCAGGGGCAAAUCCUGACUUCAAUUGCAAUGGUCCUGUCAACACACAGAAAUUCUACAGGGGCUCCCCUGGGUGUGUUAUGGAUGCUGUCCUGCGCCAUGGUUGUGAGGCUGCCUUCGUGAGCCUGUUGGUAGACUUUGGAGCCAACCUGAACCUGGUGAAGUGGGAAUCACUGGGCCCAGAGGCAACAGGCAGAAGGAAGAUGGACCCUGAGGCCUUGCAGGUCUUUAAAGAGGCCAGAAGUAUUCCCAGGACCUUGCUGAGUUUGUGCCGUGUGGCUGUGAGAAGAGCUCUUGGCAAAUACCGACUGCAUCUGGUUCCCUCGCUGCCGCUGCCAGACCCUAUAAAGAAAUUUCUGCUUUAUGAGUAGAGUUCAGAUGCAGCGUUGACUGCAGUGAGGAAGCCGAUCAUCUGCAGUGAAAGUUGACUCUUACAUCCUGUGAACCAUGUCCUGCGCUGCCAACUUGUUCCCUGACUGUCAGUGAAGAAGAAACAGCCAUGUUCUCUUGAAUUGUGAUUCUGUCUCAGGUGCUUGGGCCAUCAAACACUCCUUGAGUCACUGUCAACUGAGAGGGGCAUACAAACUUAAUUUUGUUCUUCUUCAAUAUCUGUUCUGGAUUUUUACUGUUACAUAUUAAUGAAAUGGGUUGUGAAAUGUGUGCAGUAUGGGUUGAACCUGCAAGCCUCGUGGUAGCCCUAGUGGGGAAAGCUUGUAUUUUCCAAAGGUAUUUAUGUUCUUGCUUUGCAAUUAAUUAUUCUUUUAAGGCUUAAUAUCCAAACAAGAAGAGAGUUUUGAUAAGAAAACAUGUAGGAAACAGACACACAGUUCUUGCACUUGCUGGUCUGUUUUCCUGCCCGGGUUUGUCUGUAUGUGCGGUUAGGUGUGCUUCCCUUCUUACUGCUGCAGCAUUCUCUCUUGGAAGUGUCUUCAUUCCAAGAUGGUUUCUUGGCUGCAUACACUGCCUGCUAUCUCAGUGCAUGGAGGUCCCAGCACAGUGUCCACAGUACAGUACCUGUCCUGUCAAAGGUUUUCUGACGGAUGUCUCACCCUGGGGAUCUUCAGACAAUGAUUACCUUUAGGAGGCCCACCUAGAACUAGCCAGGAAGUGACUGCCCACAUUUAGACCAGGGACCAUCCCAAUAGCACUCACUGCCACUUCUCACAGGAUAAGAUGACACUGGGGUGUUCUAUACAGAUCCUCCCAUACAGAAAAUGGGAACUGUAUGGGCUACCUGGGUGGUUCCAGGCUAAGCAGUUCCUGCUGCUUGGUGCCCACCAGAGGCUGUGUCUCCCUCUUUCCGGUUCAGUGCCUUUGUGGGCAGUCCUAGAGAUCUUUCCCCGUCCUGCCCAGGGUUGUUGGUGAGAGAGAUGACUCAGUGCAGGUGUGAGGGUCAUGGGCAGUUGGAUCAGGAACUAUGCAUAGCCUUGAGCAUCCUUGGAUUGCUCCUGUUUGGUGAAAUUGCAUUUUGUCAUUUUGAAACUCUUAGGACUAUUGUGUGGAUCUGUGGUGAUUGUAGAUCUGAGAAUGUUUAGGGGCAAGCAGGUGUUAGAUCUGUUAAAAUUUUGACCAUGAAAGAAAACUAACUUGUAAUGAUACUUUACUGUUGAACCAUCGUGUGGUUUAGUGACCAUCUGUGGAUGGAGUUCCAAACCUCACCCCAGUGUCUCAGAAUGGCCCUGUGCAGCAACACCAAGCUGGUCAAAAUGCACUACAUGGAGUUCUAGUGGGCCUUGCCCCAGCCCUGGCCAGUGAGUAUUGUGUCUGGGGAGGGAAUGAGCUGGGCCAGAGCCUGUUCCUCCCCAACCUCCCCCAGCUGUUCUGUAGGGGGCCCAGGCCACAUGAGUAGCGUCCCCUGCGCUUAUUAUUUUCAGAAUCUCGGCACUGUGAGGUUCUGCUGCUUGUUCAAAACUUCGAGCUGGCAAACCUGAAUGCGAAAUAGCAUUGGUGCUGACUGAGGACACACCUCCUUGUUUCAGUAGCUCUAUGAAAGUACUGCAUUUUGUUGCUCUCAAGGAUGAGGUACAGGUAGGAAAGAGCAAUGCUAUCGUGAGCACUCCAGGAUCAUGAGAGGCACCACGGGGAGCUGAUGUAGCCUUGGUGAGGACUGCUGUUUACUUGACAGACUUCUGAGAGCUCUGGGUGUCUCCUUAGUGUGGAAGUGUGGUAGGCCUGAUGACACUACUACCUUCUGGCUGAGCUGGCCCUAGCAGAGGAGCCCAGUGGCCCAGAGCGAAGGAGCCUGAAGCUGUCCCUGCUCAUCCAAGGGGGAUCUGUGUGAUUGUUGUUAUUCCUGGGGCAGUCACUUGAUUUAAACAGAGGUUUGUGCCUUGAGUCUUGGCCAGGCAGGCUGGAGUUUAGCCAGUGCUGACGCCUUAGAAUUUAUCUUGGUGUGUGCUUUUAGACAUAUUUCCAGAAACCUACCAAUGUCAUACGUUUUGUAGCUAUUGUACUCGUGAUGUUUAUCACUUUUAUUUAUUUUCUUAUUUAUUCACCCACUUAUUUAUUUGUUUAUUUAUUUAUUUAUAUUCUUCUUCCCUGAUUGUUUUGUUUUGACAUUAGGUAAAUUUAGGCAAAAAUACUUUUUAAGUAGGUAAUUAGCAAUUUUCAAAUGUUGGCUGUUUCUGUUAUCAGGCUUAAGGACCAUCAGUUUGAAAGUUUUCCCUCUAUUCUUUCGUGCAUGAUUUAAAAAUUUUGUUGUUGUUUGUUUGUUUUGAGACAGGGUUUCUCUGUGAAACAGUCUUGGCUGUCCUGGAACUCGCUCUGUAGAUCAGGCUGGCCUCGAACACACUGAGAUCAACCUGCUUCUGCCUCCUAAGUUCUGGGAUUAAAGGCAUGUGCCACCACUGCCUGGCUUCACGUAUGAUUUUUUUUAAGAUAAAAAUUUUCUGAAAAGAAAAGUACUGUAUAUGGGCCUGAGCAGAGAUAAGCAUGCCCUGACCUGUUUCAGCUAGUUCCUGGAACUGUGGAGGCUCCACUGCAGGCAGGAGGACCUUUGUGCUCUGCCUUUCAGUGGACUCCAGUGACGUCCUGUGAGAGCUGACACAGGCAGGUCCUCUGGGAGUGGUCUCUGUCCCGUGGUCUUAAUGGAAGUGCACUUAAUGGUGGUAGCAAUGUUGAGAGCCGGCGCUGUAGUACUGACCUUGUGCUCUGGUGGCACAGUGGGAUCAUUGCAGCCCACUGUGCAGCAUUUGCAGAGAGCUGUGCAGUGGGAAGGAGAAGGGCAGCAUGUAAUGCUAGAGGAAAUCCAAUUUCCUCAGCUGAUUGGCUUGUCUUAUUCGGUCGUCAUGUCCUUCCUGGCAGAUACUAGAAUGUUGGCUUGAAAGUGAUGGUGCGGUCUAUGUCUUUGCAUUUAAAACUCUCUUGGUUGAAAGUGAUGGUGCGGGCUAUGUCUUUGCAUUUAAAACACUCUUGGUUGCAGUUCACAGAUUUUUUUUUUCCAGUUUCCUUGUUACUGAUAUCCUGGCACCAGUCCGGUUAUAGUGGAUGUUACAAACUAAUGAGACAUCUUGGAUUUUUAAUAGCCUGCAUGGUGGUGAAAGGCUUUGCAGCUUCCCCAUGCCUGGGGUCCAAGAGUAUUCUCUAGGGUCACUGCGCAUGGCCUAAGAAGUCUAGACAUGCUUUUGAUGUACCUCUCUACUACCCCAAAUUCAUGAGGCCACCCACAUGGAGGAUUGUUUGUCCCCCCACUCAGGCCUUGGGAACCAGUGGCACCUAGGGUGCUGGUGAUGGCACCAGUGGUGGUCCACAGGUCCUUUUGUCUCCUUCUGUCUGCCCAGUAGGCACUGCCCUGCAGGGGUCUAAUGACUUCAUCAGCACUGAGAGAUUUCUGGAAGCCAUCUCUUUGACUUGGGAGCUCCUUCCUUGUCCUUAUGCUCCCCUCUCCUUCUCAUACUCCUCGGCAUGCAGUAAGUAGUAGGUCCAUGUGCUUUACUGUUAGGGAUUUGCGGUCAUUCCAAGAAAGCCCCACAGAUGGGGACAUUCAGGUCUUCAAGUGGACAGUGAUUUGUGGAGUAUUUGCUCUACACUCUAGCCUGACAAAAGAUGAUGAAGUGAGAAGGAUAUAGGGGGACCUUCUCGAGCCUCAACAUGUGUUGGACACAGAGCUCUUUUCAGCCAGUCCUGGGGACUGAACCAUGAUCCUGUGCAUAUGAGGAAGCACUCUACCACUGAGCUGUGUGUUCAGCCUCUUUGUUUUGUAAAUCUGACUGGAGAUUGGCAUUUAUGAACAUGAAUUUCUUGCACACGCAGUGUGACUGCUCCUGACGGCUAACCGGCCCUGCUCUCCCUGUAGUGUCUGCACGGCUCCCACUGCUUCCAUUGGUGUUGGGCGUGUGUAUCAUGCACUAGGCUUUGUGUGCUUGUGCUGGAGACAUGCUCACUUCAACCCCCUCUUUGCUGUUUGGGGAUGAGCGUGUGCUUGUUUGCGGUGGUCAGGACAGAUUGUUUUUUGCCCUUGUGCCUAGUUAAGAGCUUUCAAAAGUACAAUGACAUUUUUGAUAUAUUGUUAUAAUAAGUGCUUUUUGCCCUCUGAUUUCCCUCCAAAAUGCCUUAAUUUUGUGGCCUGUAUCUUACUGGAUAGAAGCUUCCUUCAUGUGCAGUCUUUUAUUUUCAUUCAUUCAUUCAUUCGUUCAUUCAUUCAUUCAUCAUUCAUUCAUUCAUCCAUCCAUUGUGCGUGAUGUGUAUGUUUGUGUUUACAUGCAUUCCCAUGUAAGCUAUGGUGUGGAUAUGGAGAUUGAAGGACAGCUUAAGGGACUUGGUUCUCUCCUUCUACCAUUCGGGUUCCAGGGAUUGACUCAGAUAGCUGUAUGGUGGAAAGUGCCUUUAUCCUCUGAGCCAUUUUAUCAGCCCCCAUGUGCGACUGUGUGCACAGAGAAAGUAGAAGGGACUGGCUCCUGCAGAGUUCCCUAUGACUGAAGAGAAGGCUUUACUGGGGGAGUUUACAGCUGUUGAGGAUUCUGGGGCUGCAGGGUGGAGCCCAUAGUGUUGCCCAGCAUUUAACUACCUAAUAGCCUGUUUUGCCUAGUGGCUUGAGUUCCUGGAUUGAAGAGAGUUGCAUCCACAGCUUUCUAGCCAGUGACAGUCUGUGCUGUGGGGAGGAGGUGAACACUGCCAUUUUCUGUCCCAUGUUAUUUGUGAUUUGUUUUGCCAUUUGAAGGUAGCGAUGUGGCAACUUUGGAUAAGCUGGAGGGAAUGAACUGAAUAAAGUAUUUCUU